AUGGCAACCCUGAUGCAGCUGUCAGAGACGGCUUCAGAAGCCAGUGAAGAUGAUUCAGUUUUCGAUUCUGAUUUGGAAACAAGCGAUGGCGAGGAGUUUCAUGGCAUCCCAACCUGGCAGACUUCUGCGAACAUUGCAAAAAACAUCAUUGGCGAGGGUAUUUUGAGCCUUCCUGCAGGCCUGGCUGCUGGUACUGGGAUUUUCUCGGGUGUCCUCAUCACCUUGUCCUUCUACGUUGUCAUGGUUUACACCUUCUGGACUCUAGGCCGCGUCUGCGAAGUCACAGCUGAGAAGAGUCACAGAGGUAUGGGCAAUGUAGUUACUGAAGGAUUGUGCUUCGGAAACCUAAUGGCGGCCACCAAUCUAGUGAAGACUUUAUUUACCUGCACGGCAUAUGCCCUAGUCAUAGGAAGAAACGCAGAGGAUGUCCUUGCUCCCUUGAAUUCUGAUUCCUGGUUCAGCUCCAGACGUGGCAGCUGGGUGACCAUUCUACUCUGCGUGUUAUUGCCUCUUUGCCUGCUUCGGGACAUGGGCAAGCUUGCCUGGACCAGCUUCUUAGGACUCCUUUGCGAGACUGGUGUUGUCAUUUUCAUGCUCUGGCGACUCCUGGAUGGGUCGUACCAACCUGGUGGCGAGUAUUACGCCAGCCAACGACCAGGAACCCAGGCGAGCUGGGGCGAAACGGGGGAGGUAGCUAUGUGGACAGUCAGUCCAGCCACCCUGACACUUAUCUCAAGCAUGUCCACUGCUUUCUUAGCACAUUACAAUGCGCCCAAAUUCUACCAUCAGCUGUGCCACCGAAGCUCCAGACAGUUUUUUAUUGCUAGUGCUUCGAGCUUUACCUGCGCACUGGCACUGUUCCUGACGUGCAUGGUGGUGGGGUACCUAACAUUUGGAACGGAUUGCGCUGGCAACAUUCUGCACAACUACUCAGACCGGGAUCCCGCAGCAGCGGCAAGCAGAGCUGCCAUGCUUCUUGCAGUGACCUGUGGCUUUCCCAUUGCCUUCACAGGUCUCCGCGAUGCGGCUUUGUCCCUUUGUGCGUGCUCAUCUCGACGCCGGGUGUGGGUGCCAGUGACUCUGUGUUUGCUUACAUUGAUUGGUGCACUUGGAUGGUCUUUGGAUGACCUUGGUGCAUUAAACAGGAUAGGAGGCGCCAUUUUGGGCUCGCUCAUUACAAUGGUAUAUCCGGGAUUGCUGCUAACCUGGGCCUACCCGAUGACAUUACUGCAGAAGGUUCCGCUCUUUUGGAGGGUGGAAGGUAAGGUUGUUGGGCGUGUGGUGACAGCUACCGGCUUCCUCCUGCUCGUUUUUGGGACUGCAGUGGUUGUCAAAAACACCAUUGCAUAA